AUGGGUGCUUUUAUUCAUAACUUGGAAGGAUUAAAGGACUACAAAUAUCAAGGUGAAGACCAUUCUAUUGUCACCAAAUAUGUUCUAAAACCAUUUUGGUUGAAAUUUGUCCAGAUUUUCCCAUUAUCAAUGGCCCCAAAUCUAGUCACUUUGCUGGGUUUUUGCUUUAUAUUAAUCAACUUAAUAACAGUCUUCAUCUACGACAUUUAUCUUAACAACUUGGAUUGUCCCAGAUGGUGCUAUUUGUCCUAUGCUAUAGGUCUAUUCUUAUAUCAAACUUUUGAUGCCUGUGAUGGAAUUCACGCAAGACGAACUGGUCAAUCUGGUCCAUUGGGUGAAUUGUUUGAUCAUUGUGUGGACGCAAUCAAUACUACUCUUUCUACAAUAGUUUUUGCUUCUGUCACCAAAAUGAACUAUUCCUUUUUGUUAAUUAUUGCUCAAUUCGGUUGUUUAUUCAAUUUCUACUUAAGUACCUGGGAAGAAUACCAUACUCAUAUUCUUUAUUUAUCCAAAUUUUCUGGUCCCGUUGAAGGUAUCUUGAUGAUUAUAAUUUUGUUCAUAAUAACUUUCUUAUUCGGUCCUGAAAUUUGGACUAAAAAACUCUUCCAAAUCAAUUUAUCAAAUCUCUUCAACGCCACUAAUAGUCCUUUAUCUUCAAAUCUCAUACUAACGUUCAAUUGCACAAAUAUCUACAUUAUUUUGGGUAUUUUUUCUCUUUAUUUCAACAUUAGAACUUCGGUAAAUAAUGUCAUGAGAGCCUAUAAAAAGGACCCUUCAACUCAAUAUGACAACACUAAAAAGGCUGUCAAGGGUUUAAUUCCAUUUUUACUCUAUUAUCUUUCAAUUUUUGUUUAUUCACUUCUAAUUCAAGACUAUCUUUUUGCUGAAAAAUCAACUAUUUUUUUGCCCUUUAUAAUAUCAAUUGGUUUAAAUAUUGCAUUUUCUGUUGGCAGAAUAAUCGUUUCUCACUUGACUUUAAACGAUUUCCCUUAUUUUUUCCCUCCAAUGUUAAUUCCACUUUUCCAACUUUUAACUUAUACCAUUUUUGGCUCUUUAUUAAAAUUUGACAAACAAUCUUUAGCUAUAAAUUUAGUCUACACUGGUUUAGGUUUAUCUUUAGCUAUUCAUGGUACAUUCAUCUAUGAAAUUAUACAUGAAAUAACUGAAUAUUUAGAUAUCUAUGCUUUAACUAUAAAACAUCCAAAGAUUGCCUAA